CAAACAUAAAAAAAAUUAGAAUUAUAUUAUCCUACACUGCAGUAUUGUUUACUUUACAUUUAUAAGUAGCCAAUCAAUUCAUAUCCGUGAAUUCUUUAAAUUUCCCUCACAAAAAUAAUAAAAAUAAAUCAUUAAAAAAUAAAAAAAAUUAUCAGACUUCCUUCCCUCCAAUUUUUCUUCACUUUCCCGGAAAAGAAAAAUUAGCAAAUGCAUAAUUUUUUUUUUUUUUUUUUAUAAAAAAAAGAGGCACUUUGUUUGGACAAAAGGCAUUAUAUGUAAAAGAAGAAAAUCUGCUGGUGAUAUUAAAUUUCGUUCAAAUAAUCUUCGGAAUCCAUGAAAUCCUCAAACUCGGGCUGGACCUUGGGCAGGAGUGGAGAGGUGUUGGUCAACAUGGGAAAAGAUUUCGGGACGGGCUUGGUCAAAGUAGUGCUUCUCCUGCUGUUUGUCCUCUCGUCGACGCUCGAUGUCGGCGAAAAGAGGGUCUUGGGGAUGGUGGUGGAGAGGGUUAUGGUAGGAGAAGUUUUAAGCGUAGCAGAGCUUGAGACGGCAGUGAUGUUGGUUAGUGGGUUUACAAGGUUUGCAUGAUAAAGAAGUUGAAAAGAGAUAUUUUUAACAAAAUUAGAAAAAUAAUGGGAAUUGAACCCGACGUGAAUCGAACACGCAACCUUCUGAUCUGGAGUCAGACGCGCUACCAUUGCGCCACGGAUCCACGAGUUGCUAUGAGCCUUUCCGACAUAUUAAUAUCAUAAAAGUAAUUUCCUUCGUCACCGCCCAGAUAAUUUUUCCCGCCAAAUCUAACCGUCUUAACUGAUACAGCCAACAAACCCCGUUCCCCAGCUGGAAACUGCGGGAGGAGCUUCCAUUACUCCUGUUUACUUACUUCCCUAGCAACUGCACCUCUCAGUCUCACGUUUCACACUCUCUUGCAGGAGGAAAACGAAAAAAAAUCUCCAAUGGAAGAAACGCCCAAAGUGGAUACCAAUAUCCAAAUAAACCCGGCGGCGGAGGCAGAGCCCACAUUUCCCUCGGAUUUCACCGACUCUCUUCAAGAUCACAAGACGCCGUUCUUCAAAUCCCGCUCUCGCAGAAGAAGAAGUGACACAUGGGUCAUUUCCAUCUUCGUUAUCUUCCACCUGAUAGCCUUCAUCGCCACCAUGAUCGUCAACGAUUGCUGGACUAACUCUAAUGGUGAUUGCGCUGUCAAAGCCCUCAGAAGGAUGUCGUUCCAACCCCUCUCCGAGAAUCCCUUCCUUGGCCCCUCUGCUUCCACGCUAGAUAAAAUGGGGGCUCUUCGCAAGACAUUGUUGUUGGAACAUCAAACUUGGCAUCUUUUUUCAUGUCCAUGGUUGCAUGCUGGGCUCUUCCACCUUAUCAUCAAUCUCACAGGUGUUAUCUUCUUAGGGAUUUACCUGGAGCAAGAGUUUGGACCAUUAAGGGUUGGCGUUGUCUACUUUCUUUCUGCCUUUUUUGGUACAUUGGUGACUGCACUUUUUGUUCGAGAUAGCCCAAUAGUUAGUUCCUCUAGUGCUCAACUUGGAUUACUUGGGGCUACACUUUCUGCACUUGUAAGGAACUGGAAAAUUUACACUAAUAAGUUAGCGGCUGUGCUGAUACUUUUUGCUGUCUUUGCAUGUAAUUUCAUGCUUGGUUUGCUACCUUAUAUAGAUAACUAUUCAAACAUUGGAGGUCUUAUAUCAGGAUUCCUACUUGGAAUUGCACUUUUGUUCACUCCUCAGCUGAGACAAGUAGCUCAAAACAAAUCAGGCCUUUAUGAUUCUGGUGUCAAAAGUUCCUUUAACUUGAAGCAGAAGCUGGACAGGCCUGUGCUGAGGAGUGUCUCUCUUCUUCUGUUUGCUUUCCUACUUGUUGGAUUUCUUGUGGCAGCACUCCAGGGUAUUAAUAUAAGCCAGUAUUGCCAGUGGUGCGGAUAUUUUGACUGCAUUCCUUCCAAAAGGUGGAAUUGCAAUGAUGUGACAACUUAUUGUGAGAUCAUGUUAAGUGAUACAGAGUUGACUUUGACUUGCCUUGGUAACGGCAACUUCAGGGUUUUCCCCUAUACCAACAUUUCAGAUGCAAGGAAAAAGGAUGUGUGCACUCUAAUAUGCUCGUGAAAACUCACAUAGUUGGUCGAUUUUCGUUCUUUGUCCAGUGCUUUGAUUUGGCAAGUAUAGCAAUUUUUUAAUGACUUCUGAAAACCGUAAAGACACGAAUAAUUGAUGCCCUUUUGAUUGUCAUUUAGUUGGUAUUUUGUAAGAAACAAGGGGCCAUUUGUGCAGUACGCAUAAAAUUUACCUGUAAUAUUCACAAUAGAUGAGAAAUGUAGCUACACCUGGACUGUUGAUAAACUGCUUAUUUCUACUUUUCUUCCUGUCUUUCAAAGAGGUAGCGCCCAUGGCCUAAUGGAUAAGGCGCCUGACUUCUAAUCAGGCGAUUGUGGGUUCGAGUCCCACUGGGCGUGCUUCUGUAGCAUUUUUCGGGCCCAGAAUGCAAUCCAAGCAUCAGCAGCUUUUCUUUUUGUAUUUGCUGUUUUUAUAUUUACUGGAUUACAGACAAAAUAUUACG